UGGUACAUAGAUCAUUUCUGUAUGCAGCAUCGAGAUGAGAGGCGAGGGCUUGGAGGAAUAUUUUUUGAUGAUCUAAAUGACUAUGAUCAGGAGAUGCUUCUUUCCUUUGCCACUGAAUGUGCAAAUUCUGUGGUCCCUGCUUACGUACCAAUUAUAGAGAAAAGGAAGGAUCUACCGUUUACGGAUCAGCAAAAGGCAUGGCAGCAAUUGCGAAGAGGGCGCUAUGUCGAAUUCAAUUUGGUUUAUGAUCGUGGAACAACUUUUGGACUAAAGACAGGAGGUCGAAUUGAGAGUAUUCUUGUCUCUCUUCCACUGACUGCUCGGUGGGAAUAUGACCAUAAACCAGAAGAGGGAAGUGAAGAAUGGAAACUGUUAGAUGCUUGCAUCAACCCAAAGGAGUGGGUAUAAUGUUCUGAAAUGUAUGAUGUUUGUAUCAUUUUGAGAUUUUUACUUCUUUUUCCCCACUCCUCUUGUCUUUCUUCUAUCAUCUUCCCUUCAAUUUUUUUCUUCAAUAGUUGAGGCUUAGAAGUUAGCAGUCGAUAUCUUGUUGAAAAGUAAUCUAAUACAUGUUGAAGGUGAUGUGAGUUGUGAAUCAUGUUAGAAUUGUCAUCUUUUGUAAGACUGGAAACUCUUCUUGCCCAAUAAAUCUGUAGUCGAUUAAGAUUUCCCAACUUCUUCAUAUGCUGUAAUAUAAUCUAAUACAUGCACCGGGU